CCAAUAUCAACAGCGUCUCUGAGGUUCCCUCAUCAAAUGGGUGUGUAUGAACUGCGCAUGUGCAUGACCGAGCUCAGUCGGAAGCAAAGUCAGGCUUAUCAAGUAGGUUCACAUCAAAAACCGAAAAUAAAAGAAUAAUGUCUGGUUUUCUGGACGGAAUCCGGUGCGGAGACUGCGAGUGCAAUGUGGACUGGGGAGAAAGAAGAAACACCAUCGCAUCCAUAGCUGCUGGAGUUCUGUUCUUCACAGGUUGGUGGAUCAUCAUUGAUGCAGCAGUGAAAUAUCCUGACGAGGGGCAGUUUCAUCACGCCUAUCACACUUGUGGAGUCAUCGCUACAGUGGCCUUUCUCAUGAUAAAUGCUGUUUCAAACGGCCAAGUGAGAGGAGACAGCUACAGUGAAGGCUGCAUUGGACAGACAGGCGCUCGCGUUUGGCUCUUCCUUGGGUUCAUGCUUGCUUUCGGCUCCCUCAUUGCCUCCAUGUGGAUCCUGUUUGGAGGAUUCGUAGUGCCUAAAAAGCCUGUUGUGUACCCUGGUAUUGCCAUUUUCUUCCAAAAUGCAUUCAUUUUCUUUGGGGGUUUGGUCUUCAAGUUUGGACGGACAGAGGAUCUGUGGCAGUAAUGGACUCUGUGUGUCUUCAUGUCCACUGUUUAUACACUCUGCUAUCUAUAUUGUACGAGAUAAUAUGCUUUAGUGGUUAUUCACUUUAUAUAUAAACAUUGUUAGCUUUCAAAUUAACAUGUUUAAUUUAUAUUGUUUGCUGUAUAAUGGCUAAUCAUAAAGUAAGCACAAGUGUUCAUAGAUUCCUUUUUAGAGUUUUGGAUAUUUUCAAAUGAAAACCAAUUUCAAACCAUGAGGGGUUGUUUGUAUUUUUCCAGAUACAGCUGUCAGCACUGAAACUUUGCAGUCAUCCAGAUUCAUUGUUGAAGGCUCACUAGUUGACACAGCUGACAUUAAGUAAACGAAGGUUUUAGACCUGAAAGGGGAACGUGGAAUUGAGAUUUGUAUUUGACUGCACACUUUGCUUGCUUGUGUAACAUCCAAACCGUGAGGUCAGUUUCUGAUGACCAUUAAACAAAAAACAUAUUGGGAAGUAAA